UAGCUACUAUAACAUGCAACGUUAAUUCUUGAUAAAGUCCUCCAAGGCAACACCAUAUGCCCCUGUCUCCUGUCGGUCCCAUCACUUAUCUCAUUGCCUUCCCCCCACAAUAAUUCAUGUAGCCAACUGUUUGUUACAAAUUCUUUCAUCUAUAUAUAUUCAUGGUUGCAAGGUUUUAGCACAACCAAAAUCAUUGACAUCCUAAAGCAUUCGUAGUUCAAAAAUUCCAUCUUCAAUUUACAAGUCUUUUUGGACACUCUGUCCCUAAUUUCAACACAUACAACAAUGGGUUUUCGUUUGCCUGGUAUCAGAAAGGCAUCAUUUUCUGCAAACCAAGCAUCUUCAAAAGCCGUGGAUGUGGAAAAGGGCUACCUUGCAGUCUAUGUCGGAGAGAAAAUGAGGCGGUUUGUGAUCCCCGUAUCUUACUUGAACAAACCCUCAUUCCAGGACUUGUUAAGUCAGGCUGAGGAAGAGUUUGGAUAUCAUCAUCCCAACGGUGGCCUCACAAUUCCUUGCAGUGAAGAUGUCUUCCAACAUAUAACUUCUUUCUUGAAUUAAUAAAUGUCAAUUUUUUUUGGAGGCUGCAUAGAUUAGCGAAGACAUUUUGUACAAUAGGCGUCUUCUCAACUUGUAAAGAUCUCCCUUUUCGAGAAAGAGGGAAAAGAAAGAUUAUAGAAUGACAAAAGUCAGUAUUUCAUUAUUUUUUUGGUGUAAUGACAAUGAAUUCAACUACUCAAAGCAACUCCUCUGUGUUUUCUGUUA